CCCUAGCGAAGAAUGUGCCAUGGCGCUGCUAGCCGGCGCCAUUCCGGUGGCGAUCGCGAGCUCAUCCUCGACAUCUUUGGCUCCGGUUUCUUGCAGCGCGCAGGCCGUCCAGCAAAAUGUGAGCUUCCGGAAGAAUGCCAGUGCCACUGCUGCCGAGGAGCAAAUAUUAUCAAGCCAGGGACCAGGUAAGAAAUCUCGAUACAGGAGGAAGAGGAAAUCGCAGGAGCGGCAGCCUGGCGAGCUCGAUCCUCCAGUCGGCAUCGCGGCAGUGGACGAAGACUCGGUGACAGAGAUUUGCAAGUUUCUCGAAUCGAGGCUUCCGGAAGGAAUUCUGGUGGGGAGUUUAGCCACAUUCCAAGGCCUCUAUUUCAGCCACAUUGCAGUGUGCAAGAUCUUGCAAAGAACGAAAGAUCCGGACGCUGCUCUUGCAUUCUUCCAGUGGCUGACCAGAGAAGCUUGCUACAAGCCCAACACGGUGGCAUACAAUUGCCUGCUCAAUGCGCUUGUCAAGGCCGGGAAAAUCCACCAAGUGAGAGAGAUGCUAGAUCGAAAAACUCUGGGGGAGUUCGUGCACAGCGAGUUCACGUAUGGAACUCUAGUCCACGGCCACUGCCUUGCCGGGGAGUUUGAUGAGGCAAAGAGGCUUGUGGCGGAGUUCAAGGAUACAGGGAUGAGCCCCGGGAGCUUGGUCGUUCUCCACAACCUCAUGCUCAAAGGUUUCUCCGAGGCCAGGCUUGUGGACGAGGCCAAGAGCCAUCUCCACCGGAUGGAUUGCAAGCCCAACAGCGUCUCCUACAACACGCUCAUCGAUGCGCUGUGUAGCUCCGGGAGGAUCCAGGAGGCCCGUGAAGAGCUCCAGGCCAUGGCCAAGCGAGGCGUGGCUCCAAACCGGGUGACUUACAACGCGAUGGCCACGGGCCUCGGCAAAGCUGGCCUGCUCGACGAGGCUUUCGAGCUCAUGGGAGUGAUGGAAAGCGCUGGUUUUGCUCUGACAGCCGUGACUUUCAAUCCGGUGGUGGAGUUUCUCUGCAAAUCCGGGAAGCCGGACGAGGCAUGCAAGGUGAUGGAGACUAUGCUUCUCAGGAACAUCGAGCCCAACAUUCUCACGCUCAACUUGAUCCUCCACGCCUUCUGCAAGGCGGCACGGCCUGAGGAAGCGCUCGGCAUGACGGACAUAAUGGUGGAGAUGGGAUUCUGCCCGACCAUCGUCACCUUCAACGCGCUACUGGAGCUGUUCUGCAACACCGAUCAGAUGGACAGCGCCGCCGAGCUCCUGGAAACGAUGGCGCGCAGCAAGUGCAAGCCAAACUUCGUGACUUACAGCAUCAUGGUCCAGAAGUUUGCAGAGAUGGGGAGAAUGGUGGAAGCUCGAGCGUUCCUGGAGCAGCUGGUGGUGUGUGGCUACGCUCCCAAUCUCCUGGUGUGCAAUGCCUACGUCGCGGGGCUUUGCAAAACCGGAGAGAUGGAUCUGGCUUCCAGAUUUCUCACGGUGAUGGCGGAGGAGGGGUGCCGAGCAAACACCGCGACUUACAACAGCCUUGUGGAGGGGUUUUGCAAGCUCGGCAGGAUGGACGAGGCGGAGAGGGUCCUCGAGGAGAUGAUUGCCGAGGGAAGCCUUCCGGACUCGACCACUUACAGCGUUUUGAUCCAGGGGCUUUGCAGCGCUGGACAGAUCGUGCACGCCUUCAUGGUGAUGCUCCAAGUUACUCGGGCGGUGGAAUCAGCGAGGCCGGAUCCAGCCACCUUUGUCAAGCUGAUAGAGAAGCUGUGUGAAUUGGGAGAGAUGGACAGGGCUGCUCUUGUGCUCGAGAGAAUGGGAGACGAGCACGAAGAGUUUCGUGUAUGCCAAGUUCUCAUCUCAAAUAGUCAACAUUAGCAGAACCUUGGUCGUCAAACUGGAAGUUUAGAUUAGUCUAAUAUAAGAUUACAUCAGGAUUUACCUUUUAAAAGCUAAGUUUACAUCCGUUAGUC